UGGCGGAGAGGAAGCGGGUGCCUUUGCUGUCAGAAAGCUGAAGCUCGUCAUCCCGGCUUCUGGAGACUCAACUCCCUUCAGUCUCUGCCUCUGGCAGUCCCUGUGUGUAGAUGUCACCUGCCCGCCUUCUGCGACGGAGCUGAGCUGCGAACCGCCGCCCGGAUGGGCCCGCCCGAGCGCCCUAAAGUCUCCCGGGAUUGCUGAAUUGCUGAGAAGUUUGAGAUACAAGCUGAAGUUCCCAUUCCAUGGAUCCCUUGGGUGCACCUUCCCAGUUUGUGGAUGUGGACACCCUGCUAAGUUGGGGUGACUCAUAUAAAGAUGAAUUAAACUCCCAUGACAGCACAGCUGAGGCAUUCCAGGAGGACACCAUCAGAUCGCCUUUUCUUUAUAAUCGGGACAUUAAUGGAAAAGUGGUUCUUUGGAAAGGAGACGUGGCAUUACUGAACUGUACAGCCAUUGUGAAUACCAGCAAUGAAAGCCUCACAGAUAAGAAUCCCGUGUCAGAAAGUAUCUUCAUGCUUGCGGGGCCAGAUCUGAAGGAGGACCUACAGAAACUUAAAGGUUGCCGAACAGGUGAAGCAAAAUUGACGAAAGGCUUUAACCUAGCUGCUCGGUUCAUCAUUCACACAGUGGGACCUAAGUAUAAAAGCCGCUAUCGCACUGCAGCGGAGAGUUCCCUGUACAGCUGUUACAGAAACGUGCUUCAGCUGGCAAAAGAACAGUCCAUGUCUUCCGUUGGCUUCUGUGUCAUCAAUUCUGCGAAGCGAGGUUAUCCUCUAGAAGACGCAACACACAUUGCACUUCGUACUGUGAGGCGGUUCCUAGAGAUCCAUGGGGAAACCAUUGAAAAAGUAGUAUUUGCUGUCUCUGAACUCGAAGAGGCUACUUACCAAAAGCUGCUACCUCUGUACUUCCCAAGGUCGUUAAAGGAGGAGAGCCAGUCACUGCCAUACCUACCUGCAGACAUCGGGAAUGCAGAAGGGGAGCCUGUGGUGCCUGAGCGGCAGAUUAGAAUAAGUGAGAAACCUGGUGCUUCCGAGGAGAACCAAGAAGAAGAUGAGGAUGACGGCCUGGGCGUGGAUCUGUCUUUCAUUGGCUCUCAUGCGUUUGCUCGAAUGGAAGGAGAUAUUGACAAGCAAAGAAAACUGAUCCUCCAGGGACAGUUGUCCGAAGCUGCCCUGCAGAAGCAGCAUCAAAGAAAUUAUAACCGCUGGUUAUGCCAAGCAAGAUCUGAGGACCUCUCCGAUAUUGCUUCUCUGAAGGCCUUGUACCAAACAGGUGUGGAUAACUGUGGACGCACAGUGAUGGUGGUAGUUGGAAGAAACAUUCCUGUGACGCUGAUAGAUAUGGACAAGGCUCUCUUAUAUUUUAUCCAUGUAAUGGACCACAUCGCUGUGAAGGAAUAUGUGCUGGUCUAUUUUCACACACUGACCACUGAAUACAAUCACCUGGACUCCGACUUCCUGAAGAAACUCUACGAUGUCGUUGAUGUCAAAUACAAGAGGAAUUUGAAGGCUGUUUAUUUUGUUCAUCCAACAUUCCGUUCAAAGGUCUCAACAUGGUUUUUCACCACCUUUUCUGUCUCAGGAUUGAAGGACAAAAUACAUCACAUAGACAGCCUGCACCAGCUCUUUUCUGCCAUAUCACCAGAGCAGAUAGACUUCCCUCCUUUUGUCCUUGAAUACGAUGCCAGGGAAAAUGGGCCUUAUUUUGCAUCCUAUCCUCCAUCACCAGAUUUGUGACCUGCUGCCUUUCCAGUACUUUUCGGUCACGGAAUUCCAUUUCACCACAACUCACCACCUAGUGAAGUGAUGUUCAUUUUUGCUGUACAGAUCCAGAGAGCUUUUGUCCCCACCUCUCUGGUAUUUUUUUAUUGACUAUAUAUUUUCUGGCACAUAAACACUCUGAAACUGGUAGGCCAUACUGAACUGCAUACAUUUUAAAUUUGUAUAUUUGUA